AUGGCCGCAGCUACCCUCCAGUAUCAUCACCACGGACGGUUCAAGGUCUCAGGCGGCGUCAUUCCUGACGCCGUUUCCGCUUACCAAACUUACGGGAAUGCGUGCAACCCAUGCAUCGUCUUCCCAACGUGCUACGGAGCCAAGCUGGGCCUUGGUAGCCAGUCUUACCUCGUUGGCGAAGGCAAGGCGCUCGAUCCUAGCAAGUACUUCAUUGUAACUUUUGCGUUGUUCUGCAACGGCGAGCCGCCGCCGUACAACGGCCCGUACUUUCCUGCGAUCUCAUACGAGGACAACAUCCGUGCUCAACAUGCCGUGCUCCGCCAUCUCGGCGUGGAGAAAGUGUAUUGUGUCGUCGGGUUCUCGAUGGGUGGACAGCAGGCCUACCACUGGGCAACGGUGUACCCCGAUUUCGUCGAGAGGUUCGUGGCCAUCUGUUCGUCCGCACGGACUAGUCCGCACAACAAGUGCUUCCUCGAAGGCCCGAAGGCUGCAUUGAAGGCUGGCCGCGACUUCAACGACGGACAUUACACGUCCACGCCCCAGGUCGCCAUCAGGGCGUUUGCGCGGGCGUACUGCGCGUGGGCGUACGGACAGGCGUGGUUCCGCGGGCACCUCUACGAGAUGGGCGGGCUCUAUCCCACGCUGGACGCGUUCAUGCGCGAGGUAUGGGAGGGCCGGUACGUCGCGAACUGGGAUGCGAACGACAUGCUCGCGCUGCUCGACACCUGGCAGAACGGCGACGUAUCGUCCGUGCGCGACGGGGGCGAUUUCGUCGGCUGUCUUGGGGCGAUCAAGGCGAAGGGCCUGAUUAUGCCGUGCAAAACGGACCUGUACUUCUGCCCUGAGGACAGCGCGAACGAGGUGUCGGUGCUCAAGAAUGCCGAACUGGUCAUCAUCGACAGCGUCUGGGGGCACGUCGCGGGGGGAGGUGCCAAUCCUACGGAUGUGGCAUUCAUUACGAAGAAGAUCCAAGAGUUCCUGGCCUAG